AUGCCGUUCCGCCCCAAGGCCGUCCCAUUCCUGUCGCAGUUCCCUGACUUGAAGGUGCUGCGGCAGGACGGCACCACCGUCGCCGCGUCGGAAGCAUUCAAGGGGAAGAAGUACGUGCUGAUCUACUUCUCUGCUCACUGGUGCCCGCCAUGCCAGCGCUUCACCCCACUGCUGGCGGACUUCUACGAUGCUCACAAGGACCGAUAUGGGUUUGAGGUACUCUUCGUGUCUUCGGAUCGAGAGGAGGGGCGCAUGAUGGACUUUUUUCAGAAUCGCAGCAGCAACUACGUGCGCCGCCCACCAGCGGCAACGUCUUCACUUCCACCGGCUGCCUCCAACGAGGCACUGGAUGAGAGCUGCCAUAUGAGCUGCGACAUCUCACAUCUCUUAGGGAGUACAACUGCCUCUGGUGCAGUAAGCGGCAUGGGGGAGGCUCAGCAACCCCAACUCUCCUCGACCAUGACCCCAGGGGGUGCAUCGACAGCGGUAGGUACGCCUCAGAGCCUCCGUGUGCCCAAGGCCAGCGGACACGGCAACUGGCUGGCCUUGCCUUUCAAGGAACAUGAGGUGGCCCGUUUCCUCUCACGCGCCUACUCCGUCGUCUCGAUCCCGAAGGUGGUCGUUGUUGCCGUAGACACAAACUGCAUGGUGACGAGGGAGGGCAAGGCGAUGGUGAUGAAGGACCCGGACGCGCUUCGGUUCCCGUGGCGCUUCGCGGAGGGCGACAUGCGCAACCGCACGGAGGGCUGGCGAGAGUGCAUUGUGCUUCUGCUCAUCGUAAUGUGUGUUUUUUACUACUACUUUUGGUAUUAUUAA